AUGGUCCGAUUGAAUCUUUUCCUCUUUCAAAGCCUUGCUUUACUUUCCAGUGCUCAAGUCCAGCGCAGAUGGACCAACGCAGAUUCCGCGACGGGGAAAACAGGCGAUCUUGUCAUUGAGGGCUGCGAGUACUGGAUAAACGAUAUCAGCAAAGAUGACACCUGUGAGGCGAUCGAGUCUUACUUCGGAAUCACUGAGCAACAGUUCCUCUCCUGGAAUCCUUCGGUGCCAUCAGCAUGCAUCCUGAUCCUUGGUUGGAGCUACUGUGUAGCAGGACCAGAGAAUCCUGUCAUUUCUGGCAGCACAACUUCGAAUACAACUCCAACUCCAGCUGGAACUCUGACAUACUCGGGAACUGCAGCGCCCACACAAAGUGGAAUUACUUCAGAUUGCAAGAAGUACUAUGAGGUCCUGGAAAAUGACACCUGUAACACGAUUCAAGACAAGUUCAUGGGCUUUACUCUUCAACAGUUCUACUCGUGGAAUCCGUCGAUCUCUAAGGGCUGUAAAGGCCUACAGGCUGGAUACUACGUCUGUGUUAGUGACGGGUCCAGCCCAGCCUCGCCUUCUGCUACUGCAACAUCCUCCAGCUCGGAUCAUGAGCCGCAUCAAACAGGAACACCUUCUGACUGCAACGAAUGGUAUUACGUGGUCGAUGGGGAUAACUGUGAAACCAUUGUGAAAAAGUAUGGUUUGACAAAAGAGGGAUUCUUUAAAUUGAACCCAGCAACUGGCUCAACCUGCUCGAAUUUGUGGCUGGAAAACUAUGUUUGUGUUGGCGAGGGGUCUACCUCAACAUCAUCCCCUGCCACUACCUCUGCUACAUCCACGAGCUCGAGCACAGCUGCUAAUCAUGAGCCACAUCAAACUGGCAUCCCGUCGAACUGUAACAAGUGGUAUUAUGUUGUCGACGGCGACAACUGCGAGACUGUCGCGAAGAAAUACGGCAUGACCAAGGAAGAAUUCUACAAUUUAAACCCUGCUACUGGAUCGUCUUGUGCAAAAUUGUGGUUAGAGAACUAUGUCUGCGUCGGUGUGUCAGAUUCUUCAUCCUCAGCUACCACCACGGUCACAACAUCAGCAUCAUCUACGGCAUCCGGAGGCGCCCCUGGUCCAACUGGAAGCGGUACCGUAGCGAACUGUGAGACCUACUACAAAGCCCAGGCUGGAGACAGCUGCUGGUCUAUUGUCAACGAAAAGUACACAUACUUGACACAGGAUAUUCUCACAAAAUGGAAUCCGUCUCUCGGCAGCGCAUGCACUCUCAUUCUUGAUCAAUACUACUGCGUCGCCAUCAAGACUGCACAGCCGAUGCCGGGUACCAUCAAUACAUGCAAGACAUGGCACUUGGCAAUUGAUGGUGAUGGCUGCUGGAGUAUUGAGCAAAAGUACGGCAUUACGACAACACAGUUCAACAAGUGGAACCCUCAAGUUGGAUCCGACUGUGCGAAUCUUUGGUUAGGUUAUUAUGUAUGUGUUGGCGUUUAG